AUGAAUAAUACAAAGAGAUCAUCAUCGUCAUUUCCACAAAUUAAAAUCCCAUUCCCACCUAUAAUUAACCUUGCAGAAUUACUUCAACCAAAUAAAUCUUUUUCUUUGUUUGAUGAACCACACAAACCAUCACGUGCCCCUAACGCAUUCAUUAUCUAUCGUAAAGUGUUUGUUAAAGUUGCUCGUGAUGAAGGUCAUAAUCUCCCAAUGACUGCAAUCUCUUCUAUGGCCUCGAUUUCAUGGGAACAAGAGCCUGAGGAGGUUAAAGCGGAAUACAAACGUCCUAAUCUCUUAAAACACUAUGAAGUGAAUCAUGACGACGAUGAAGAAUUGGACGAAGAUAGUAACGACAUCAGUGUAAUAGUUAACAAACCAAUUACUACCGCUGAACAAAAUUUAUUCGAAAACAAUAAUAAUGACAAUAACGGUGCUAAAUAUCUGCAACAAUAUCUACAUCACACACCAGAUUUAUCUUCUGAUGAAAGUAUUUCUAAGACAAAUCCGCCCCACAUGCGUCAUACUUGUUCAUCAAAACCUGCAAAAUACAUUUCCGUUACAAGAAAGAAAAGUGAACGUGCUAAAUUAAAAGCUACUGAUUGUAUUGAAUGUCGUGAUGUUAGGGCCUUACCUUUACCACCUAGUAUAUAUUCACCAUUACCAAUUAACGACGCAAAAAAUCAUGAAGACUUAAAAGAUAGCGAAGAACUUUUAAAAGCUCGUAAACAACAUGUAUCAAGACAUCGAUACAAAUUUAUUCCUGAAGAUGAACCAUCUGGAUUCUGGGAUCUUAAUUAUUCACCUUCUAAACCAUAA